AUGUCUGCAGCAGCUCUCGACCGUCAGAUAAAACCAAUCUAUGAUGCCUUGGACACCGGUUCGAACAAGUCGGCCAUUGUUGCGUGCAACAAACUUCUCAAAAAGCACCCAAAGAACGAGUUGGUCAAGUCCUUAAAAGCACUCGCUCUGAUUCGAUCACAAAAAGUCGAAGAAUCACUUGUCCUUUGUGACGAAGUUCUCGAAACAAAACCCACCGAUGAUGCAGUGUUGACAGCGAUGAUGCAUGUUCUUCGUGGCCUAGGACGACACAACGACUUGGUCACCAUGUUCGAAGACGCCUUCAAAAAGCAACCAACAAAUGAAGAACUUGGACAGCAAACUUUUUUUGCCAACGUCAGAGCCAACCAUUGGAAAUCCGCGCAUCAGAUUGCGACGCGCAUGUAUAAACAAUUUCAGGAAGAGCGUUAUUUAUACUGGAGUGUUAUAAGUGCAGUCCUGCAGGCUAAAGACGCGAAUACACCGCCAACCAUGCGCCCUAUUCUUUACAAACUUGCACAUCGCCUGAUUGCAUCUUCACCUACUCCAUCAUAUGUCAAUGCUGAACGUUUCCAUCUUCACCUCUCCAUCCUCCGAGAACUAGAACUAUGGGAAGAAGCUGACAAACUCAUUGAGAGUGAUGUUGGGAAAAGUAUCUGCUCCACCAGUCUCGCGUGCGAUGAGAUUCGUCGCGCGAUUAUGAUUCAGCAAGGCAGAUAUCAGCAGGAAGCUAAACGCGCAGAGCAACUAAUAACAGAAAAGAAGGACCGUAAUUGGUUGGAAUUUCUCGCCGUUCUCGAUGGUACCUUACCAGACACGACACCUUUAAUAAUUGGUGAAGCAGAUGCCCGGGAAAAAGUAAAUCACGCUCAGGAAAUAUUCUCCAAAAUUGCCGAAGAGGAUAGUACAAAAGAUCGCUCUGGCCUUCUAGCACUGUUAGACCUCGAGAAACGAGCACGCCUUCACGGGUUGUCGCAAGAACCUACGCGAAUGGUUUCACUACUGAAGCAAUACUUUGAAAAGUUCGGAGACAAGGCUUGCUGCUUUGAGGAUUUAAAACCCUUCGUGAUUUUAGAUGCAGAAAGUCUGUCCAUAUUACGUACAUUCCUGGAGGCAAUUCCGACAGCUUUUACCACAAUCUCUGAACUGCGCCGCCUAAUUAACUCUUUCAAACUUAUUCGUUAUACACUCUCUGAAUCGGAGAUUACGGCUGAGAAAGAGUUGAUUCGUGUGGCCGCAUACGCUCGUUAUACCGAUUACUUGGCGAGUGCUCCUGCAUUGGCUCUUGAGCAUUACCGUGCUAUGCACAUUAAACAAGUCCAAAAUGAUACCCUUUCUCACCUGAUUCUUUCUCGGGCGUCAACCUUUUCACUAGGUUCAAUUGGUGACCUAACUUUAUUGACCGAAUGCCUGGAAUCAACACAGAUCUACCUGAGCAACACGCAAGAAACCGGUGACUUUAUUGCUCGCGCUUUCCAGUCUGAAAAAUACUCUCAGAUACCCGAAUUUAUCGUCUUUGAAGAACGUUUGGACAAUUCACUGCAGCGUGAUACCGUGAAACUUGAACAUAUUCGUAUGCGUAUUGCGCAUGAACCAGUCACAAACGAUCUCAUCGACAUGGAGUUGAUUGAAUUGAAGUUUAUAUUUGAUAGAGAACACUCGGACAACCGUGAUUUCGAUAUUCUUCCUAAUUAUCAACCAAAGGCUUCAAAAGAUCUCAAUGAACAAACAUUACUGUUUGGAAAACCUGAAGGAAGCAAAUGGUUGUCAUGUUUCCUCAAAGUCUAUAUCCGUGGAUUCCAACAAGCCAGUGAUAUUGAUGAUACAGUGGAAGAAAAGCUGCUGAUAGGGGAUCGGCCAAAGAAAACUGCCAAAUACGAAAAUGGACUCACCCUUAAGGAAAGACUAAUGCAACGGGGCCCAGAAGAUUUUGCGGAUCUCACUGAGGAUGAAGCCAAGUUCAUUGAAUAUAUGAACGCCCUUAUCGAUUGGCUAGAGCCUUACCAUAAUUAUGCCCGCCCUCCUCCUGAUGUUGUCCUGGCUGAAGCGGCUAAGCAAACCGAACUAAAGACCGGACAUCCAUUGAAAGGGGUUGAGGUGCCAACGACAAACGGCCACCACAAAAAGGACGAAGAGCCUCCCACCAUAAUGGACGCCCCUGAAGUUGUUGUGAAAUACUUUGAUGGUGUGAAGGAGCGACUGCCUGAAGCUAUGAAGUCAUCACCAAGUGAAUUGCUUCAUGUAGCCACCCUUGCUCAAGAGGCUUUCCUACUUCUAGUGGCUGUAACACUACGUUUCAAAUCGCCUUCGGUCGUCAAAAUCAAUAAACUAAGCGGGCUCGUGCCUAUUUUCAAGACACUUCGCACCAAUGCAUUGUCCGUUCUUCAAUCUAUAUCCGCCGAGCUGGUUCUAAGGGGCAAGGCCGAUGGCUCGUCCGACACACGAAAUGCACUGAUUUCUAAUUGUUCCCCAAUAUUGACACCACAGAUUGAUCAUGAUUUCCUGUUCAUUAAUGCUAAAAAGAUCGGCGACUCCCGUCGAAAAGUCUUGGAUGGCAUAGGUAAUGGAAUCACACGGAUUCGUGCAGCCUAUUCUGCGUAG